AUGUAUAGAAAUAAAAAACCGGAUACGAAUUCAUUAUUUACGGAAGCAGUUUGUGAAGGGGAUUCGUUUAAUUCACUUGAAUCCCCCUCGUUUUCUACCGAUGAGGCUGUCGUGCUCGAACCUAGUGCUAGAAUUAAGGCACUUGCCGACAGUGGUAAUGCAUUCGAAGUCGAUCAUCACAUACCUCCCAGAAAAUAUUACAGAUCUGGACUUGAAAUGGUCCGUAUGGCAGACGUUUAUCUCAAAGAAGGGAGCCUCGAAAAUGCUUAUGUUCUUUACAUGAAGUUCAUGACAUUAUUUUUGGAAAAAAUAAGAAAACAUCCCAAUUUUAAGUCUGUUUCAAUUGUUGAUAGAGCUCAAAAUGAUGCAAAACUCAAAGAAGUUUUGACAAAGGCUGAAAAAUUAAAAACUAAAUUGUUAGACUUAUACGAACAAGAACAUAAGUUUUAUUUGGAAAGACAGGCGAAAAUAAAAGCUGCCAUGUUGAAAAAGUUUCAAGAAGAGCAGGAGAAAAAUCGAAAAGGCGUUUUUCCAAACGUGACAGAUGAUGAUAAAGAUAAAGGUGUUGCAGCCAAAGAAAAUGUCGGAACAAGACCUACUUUACUAAGACCAUUAUCACAAAUCAAUGUUGCUCUCAGGCACAUGAUGGUCCCAGCAAAACUCAUGUCAAAAUUUUUAAUACUUUCCAUGAUGAACACUGAGCAAAACAAAGAAACUUGUGGAAUAUUAGCUGGACGUUUGGAAAGGGAUCAACUCACAAUAUCUCAUUUAUUGAUUCCUAAACAAGUGGGAACUUCAGAUUCGUGCACGACAGAAAACGAAGAAGAAAUUUUUGAAUAUUUAGAUGAACAUAAUUUGAUCACUUUAGGUUGGAUUCAUACUCAUCCGAGUCAAACAGCUUUUCUGUCGUCUGUGGAUUUACACACUCAUUGUUCUUAUCAAUUGAUGAUACCCGAAGCUUUGGCCAUCGUUUGCUCUCCGAAAAAUGAAGAAAAUGGUUUUUUCAUAUUGACUCCAGAACACGGACUCGACGUUGUUGCCAAUUGCAGGCAAACGGGAUUUCAUCCUCAUCCAACCGAGCCUCCCUUAUACAAGAAAGCAGAACACAUCGCCAUCGAAGAUUUACCCGUCGAAAUCAUAGACUUGAGAAGAAAAUAA